AAAAAAAAAAAAAAAAAAAGAAAUAAUAAUAACUGUAAGCCGCCUCAAAAGAAGUCCAACUAUGAGCCGCGUUAAGCACUUGGAACGGACAGCUAAGCCCACAUCAUCGUCAUCCUUGGCCGCGGCUAAUCAUAAAUUCAAAAGCGGCAAAAGUGCAGCGCAGUUACAAUUAACUUAUUAGAUGGGCUUUGGGGCCAAAACAAAAGCCGAGCGGCCAAAGGAAGCGACCGCGCAAAUGAAGUGCGCGUGCAAAUUGUGGAAAUGAAAGCGAAACGGCAGGCGUCAAAAUGACCAACGAGCAGGGAGCCUGUGUUAGCGGAACGCGGCGCAGCAGGAGCAGAGAAUGUACCGGUCCUAGUUAAUUUUGCACAUGGGUCCUGCGUCUGCUCACUCUGACACGGCUUCCUCGCUCGGCUACUGCGCCACGUGGCGUAAUUCAUUUAACUGCGGCAUCUUCAAAGUGCUCCUGCUCGCGCUAGUGUCUCCUGCUCGCUGCCAGCCAGAACUCUGGUGGAGCAUCCUUGAUUGCCAGCGACAUUUGCUAAUUAGGAAAAUUGAUUUGGAAUUUAUGAUGCGCAAAAUAGCCAGAGGAUCGUGGUGGCUUGCCUCGCCCUCUAAUUGAAAGUUAAUGUUUUGCAUAGUUCUUUCACUUAACGCACAGCUGUUUGCGCAAUUCGGAUCAAACGCGUUCCGUAUUGUUGCAUAUUACAUACACACACACACAUAUAUAUAUAUACACAGUUAUUUCAACACUUCCUAUUCUUCUCAUUUUGCAGUUGUUGUGACAUUUUGGCAACAUAAAACGCAAUGGCGCCAAAGAUGACGCCAUUCUUGCAGCUCGACAAAAUGGCGACGAGGACGACGACGACGACGACGGAAAUACGCUGGCUCUGCCGAUUGCUGCUGCUGGGGGCUUGCAUUGGCGCCGCCAUAGCUCGAGACAUUCCAUCUUCGUCAGCCCGUGGACGCAGUGGCCCCGAUGAUGUUGCCUUCUAUUGCCCGGAGGAGGGCCUGUUUCCCGAUGACUACGACUGCCGCAUCUACUACCGCUGCGAGAAGCGUUCCGAGCAUUACAUCAAACCGUACAUGUUCGCCUGCAAGGAGGGCACAGUCUUCUCGCGCACCCUCCAACUGUGUCUGCCUCCGAUGCUGGCCGGACGCGGAGAGUGCGAGCCGUACAUGAACGAAAUCGAUGUCGGCGAUGAGACAGACAGCCAGCUGCCAUUUGAUGGGCUCGUCAAUAACCAGAAUGGACAUAAUGCGAUGCUUAGUAGCGCCGUAACACCCGCCGCCGCCCUGGAGCUGCACACCUAUGCUACUGCAAAUCAGUUGCCCACAAAUUAUGGACUGACAGGCCUGAGUGGUGUUUCAGUCAUAUCCUUUUCGAGCUCAUCAUCUUUGCGCUCGGCCGCUGAGGAGGAGGGCGUGUCGUGCGAGGAUGAUGGAUUUAUGAGUGAUCCCAUUGACUGCACCGUGUUCUAUCGCUGCAUCUCCAAUGGGCGCGGCUACAAUAAAAUUGGUUUUCGUUGCUCGGACGGAACUGCCUGGGAUGAGUCUCUGCAGUCCUGCAACCAUAUAGUCAAAGUUCGUGCCAAUGGCGGCUGCCGCAACCAGGCCGAUCCUCUCAGCGAUGAGCAAACCUCGACACAGUCGUCCCACUCGAGCUAUCAGAAUACCACCUCAUCGUCAUCUUCGUCCAGCAGUCAACAAAGUUCUUCGACAAGCUCCUCAAUGUCUUCGUCGUCUAAUAGCUCGAGCUCUUCCAACAGUUCCUCGAAUCAAUCGAGCUCAAACUCCAACCAGGAGUCAUCCACGGCGAGCAGCAACCAACAAUCGUCGAACAGCAAUCAGUCUUCCAGCAGCACAGAAAGUUGGAGUAGUAGUACUCAACAAGCCAGCUCGGGUUCUUCGAAUCAAAGCUCUGGAAGCAACCAAUCUUCCAGUAAUAACCAGAACUCUGGAAGCAACCAGUCUUCAAGCAGCAACCAGAACGCGAACAACAGUCAAAAUUCCAGCAGCCAAGGCUCCAACAAUAACGAAAAUCAAAGCAAUAACAGUAACCAGUCUGCCAGCAACACCCAGAGCAACCAGAGCUCAUCGAACAAUCAGUCGAGCAGCGGCUCCAGCAACCAAUCCAAUCAGACAAACCAGCCUGCAUCAAGCGAAUGCGAAGACGAGAACACCUACAUACCUGAUAAAAUGGAUUGCGCCAAGUUCUACAGAUGUCGCAAGGAUAUUGAUGGCAAUUUGGAAGUGGUGCCAUUUACAUGUGGUCCAGGCACUGUUUGGAGUCAAGAGGAGAAAGUUUGCGUCCUACCUAGCGAAGAUCAAAAGAAACAAUGCAACAUACAAUCGGGCUCUUCCAGCAGCGGAAAUGGUCAAGCUGGCAACAGCACUUCCAGCCAACAAUCCAACGGAAACAAUCAAUCAAGCAGUUCCAGUUCCGGCUCAAACAAUAGUAACAGCAACAAUCAAUCUAGCAACCAGCAAGGAUCAUCGUCAAACAGCAGUCAGCAAGGUUCGUCGAGCAGCAAUCAAGGCUCAUCGUCAUCAAACUCCAGCAAUCAGUCUUCCAAUCAGAGCAGCAAUCAAAGCUCUUCAUCUUCUUCGAACUCUGGCAAUCAAUCGACCACAUCCAACUCCUCUGUAGCUCAAAAUUCCACAAGUUCAUCGAACACGACAACAAGUAAACCCUCAAAUCCUGACGGCCAGUGCGAGCACUCGGAAACAUAUUUGCCUGACAAAAAGGACUGUGCGCGCUUCUAUCGCUGCGUCGAUAAUGGAAAUGGUGGAUUUGAUAAGGUUGCUUUCGAUUGUGCACCAGGUACUGUUUGGGAUCCCGAAUCAAAGGGCUGCAACCAUCCAACUGAUGUACAGAAAGAAGAAUGCAAAGCUAUGGCUAGUGGUACAGGAAGUGCAUCAAAUCAAGGCUCGUCUUCCAAUCAGGGAUCGUCGUCCAAUCAGGGAUCAGCCUCCAAUCAAAGCUCUUCAUCUAAUCAAGGAUCGUCGUCCAAUCAGGGAUCAUCCUCUAAUCAAAGCUCCUCAUCAAAUCAAGGCUCGUCUUCCAAUCAAGGAUCCUCCUCCAAUCAAGGAUCAUCUUCUAAUCAAGGCUCUUCAUCUAAUCAAGGAUCGUCCUCUAAUGAGGGCUCAUCCUCUAAUCAAGGAUCAUCUUCCAAUCAAGGAUCAUCCUCCAAUCAAGGAUCAUCUUCUAAUCAGGGAUCUUCAUCAAAUCAAAGCUCAUCUUCCAAUCAGGGAUCUUCAUCAAAUCAAGGAUCAUCUUCCAAUCAAGGAUCAUCAUCCAAUCAAGGAUCAUCUUCUAAUCAGGGAUCUUCAUCAAAUCAAAGCUCAUCUUCCAAUCAGGGAUCUUCAUCAAAUCAAGGAUCAUCUUCCAAUCAAGGAUCAUCAUCCAAUCAAGAAUCAUCUUCUAAUCAAGGAUCGUCAUCAAAUCAAGGUUCAUCCUCUAAUCAAGAAUCAUCUUCUUCUCAAAGUUCUUCCUCUAAUCAAGAAUCGUCCUCUAAUCAAGGCUCUUCAUCUAAUCAGGGAUCAUCCUCUAAUCAAGGGUCAUCCUCUAAUCAAAGCUCGUCUUCUAACCAAGGAUCAUCCUCUAAUCAAGGGUCGUCUUCCAAUCAAGGAUCUUCAUCAAAUCAAGGGUCAUCCUCCAAUCAAGGAUCGUCCUCUAAUCAAGGAUCAUCCUCCAAUCAAGGAUCAUCCUCAAAUCAAGGGUCGUCAUCUAACCAAGGAUCGUCCUCUAAUCAAGGAUCUUCAUCAAGUCAAGGGUCAUCAUCUAACCAAGGAUCAUCCUCGAAUCAAGGUUCUUCCUCUAAUCAAGGAUCAUCUUCCAACCAAGGAUCAUCCUCUAAUCAAGGUUCGUCAUCAAAUCAAGGCUCUUCAUCCAACCAAGAAUCGUCUUCGAAUCAAGGAUCAUCCAACCAGGAACCAACCACAACAACAACGCAGAAGCCAUUCAAGCCAGCAGAGAAAUGUGAGAGUGAGGAAACCUUCUUAGACGAUAAAGAAAACUGUUCGAAAUUCUAUCGUUGCGUUGAUAACGGAAAGGGUGGAUUUAUGAAAGUUUCAUUUACUUGCCCACCAAAUACCCUUUGGCACCCCGAGGCCAACAGCUGCAACCAUCCAUCGCAGAUUGACAUGCAGAGCCUUAAAUGCAAGCGGGUCAUCAACAGCAGCAAUAACCAAUCCUCUACAUCAUCGUCUUCAAGCAGCAGCUCCACAGAGCAAACGACAUCUACAAGCUCUCAAUCUGGCAACAAUAUCAGUUCUACAACAUCAAGCUCCAGUAGCUCUAGCUCCACCCCGUCGCCGAAACCAUCUGGUGAUUGUAAUGUUAAUGGCCAAUUUCUAGGCGAUGAUAAAGACUGUUCCAAGUUCUAUCGCUGUGUGGACAAUGAUAGAGGUGGUUUCUAUACGGUGGCCUUUUCGUGUCCGCCCGGAACUGUAUGGGACGCCCAGAUAGAAGCUUGUAAUCAUGCCUGGGCCGUCAAAGAUAAAAACUGCGGCAGUAGCGCCACUACUCAACGGCCAAUCGCAACAUCUACCACACCUAAUCAGGGCUCAUCGCAAUCCCCAAGCACAACACCAUCUACUAUAAAGCCGACAACACAGAACCCAACCCAAAAACCAACACAAAAGCCGAUCACUACAACGGGAAAACCCUCAACCCAAAAACCAACUACCCCAAGGCCUGUUACACAAAAGCCAACAAACUCAACUCAAAAUGUGAAAUGUACAAGUGAAGGCUUCAUUGGCGAUCCAGACAACUGUGCGAAAUUCUAUCGUUGCAUCAGCAAUGGCAAGGGCGGCUUUAGCCAGGUGGCCUUCCAUUGUGCGGCGGGCACAGUUUGGGACCAGGACCUACAAACCUGCAAUCACGAUCUGAAUAUGUGCAAUCCAAAGCCCGAAGAUGGCCCUGGUAGUGCUACAACUGAGUCCGAUAAGGGUCCGUGUGACAAUACCACGGAGGGUCCAACAUCAACAGCAAUCAAUACUACCAAUCGUCCAACUGAGCCAGCCACAGAAUCAACAACGGAUAGACAGACCACAACCAACCAACCGACAACCCACCAACCGACAACCAACCAACCAACAAGUACUCCAGCUGAGCCAACAACAACAUAUCAACCUCCAACGACACUAUGGACUACAACAACAACUAGACCAACCUCAACUGAAAGUCAGCCCACAACAUCGUGGACCACUUCCACGCAACCGCCAACAACAACGAUGUUUCCCGAAACUACAACCCAGGUGCCUAAUUUGCCACCUGGUACCGAGUGUAAAGGCGAAGGCUUCAUGCCUGAUCCUAACAAUUGCCGAAAGUUUUACAGGUGUCUGAAAACAGGCGACUCCUACACAAAGCACGAAUUUAUGUGCGCCAAGAAUACUGCUUGGAAUGCAGAUAUCCAAACCUGUGAUCAUGCACAGAAUGUUCCGAGCUGUGCGGGUCAAACUGAACCUCCAACAGAUACAACAACAAAUCCAACCGUCACAACAACCGAAAUUACAGAUCCUCCAACGAAACCUACAACAGAACCGCCAACGAAACCUACAACAGAACCGCCAACGAAGCCAACAACAGAACCACCAACAAAGCCAACAACAGAACCACCAACAGAAACACCAACAAAGCCAACAACGGAACCACCAACAAAGCCAACAACAGAACCGCCAACGAAACCAACAACAGAACCACCAACAAAGCCAACAACAGAACCACCAACAAAGCCAACAACGGAACCACCAACAAAGCCAACAACAGAACCACCAACAAAGCCAACAACAGAACCACCAACAAAGCCAACAACAGAACCGCCAACGAAACCAACAACGGAACCACCAACAAAGCCAACAACAGAAAUAGUUACGAAACCAACAGACUCUCCAACGAAACCAACUGGACCACCAACAAAGCCCACAGAUUACACGGAGAAGCCAACGGAUACCCCAACAAAGCCCACCGACUAUACAACCACAGAAAUGUAUCCAGAGACAACUGGAUCAGUUCCAGGCUACCCUCCAACUACUACUCAGGCUCCGGCAAUCAACUUCACGUGCCCUGCUGAAGGCUUCCACGCUGAUCCAGAGGACUGCAGCAUUUACUAUCGCUGCACCAAGAACAAGAAUACCUAUCAAGUAUAUAAGUUCCGUUGUCCGAAGGGCACGGUCUGGGACACAUCCCUGGACACAUGUAACUACGCCGAUCAGGUGUCUGGCAAUUGCUCCUCAGGCAGCACGACUUCAACAACAAAACCGAGUGAAACGACACCAUGGACAGAUAUGACAACCACCACUAUGGUUCCAGAGACAACAAGUAAGCCAGAGACCACCACCAGCACAGACAGCACCACAGGUGGACCAGUUGACACAACAACUACAAGUAAGCCAGUGGAUACCACUACAACUAGGCCAGUGGAUACAACAAAUAAGCCGGAGGAUACAACUACAACUAAGCCAACGGAUACAACUACAACUAAGCCAACGGAUACAACUACUACAAGUAGACCAGUGGAGACAACCACCGAACAGCAAGAGAAACCAAAGCCUGAGGUACCCAAUAAUUCAAGUGCUCCCUGCCCAACAACCACCGAGGAGCAAAGUUUGUUUGUCUGCCCGUCCGGCUUCCGUCGACAUUCCAAGCAAUGCGGUGUAUUCUACCAGUGCAAUGAGAACUCGGAGUCGAAUCUGAAUAUUGUACUGUUCCAAUGUCCCAAUGGCACCGUCUAUCAGGAGGCAUCAUGUCGCUGUGGCAAACCAGAACCCAAUGACACCUGUUUCAUCAAGGGAUCGUCUCGUACCCAGCUGUUUGAUGAGGCAGCGGAACCACUAAACAUGGUGCCGAUUCAUUCGACAGAGCCUCUUUGUCCGGAGGAGGGACACUUUGCACUGAACCAGGAUGAAUGCAGCCAAGUCUUCGUGAAGUGCGGCUACUCGCAGGAAACAGGCCGCAUCGAGGGACAAAUAUAUCGCUGCCCGCAAGGCUUCGCCUAUUGGAAUGUGAGCCGUCGCUGCGAGCCAGCUAGAAAGCUAAGCAGCUGCAAUCCAGCCUCAUACAACGUGGGCAACAGUGUGCCUCUGGAGUGGGUCAACAUCGGCAACAGACGUCGCAAUCUGCGCAUCUAAAACAUACACAUACAUUUUAAUAAAUCGAUAGCAUUAAUUUAGAAAUUGUAAAAGGCAAUCGCAAUUGUUUGCUCCGCACGCUCCCCGAUCCGGGGCAGCUUGCGCAGCAAAUGACGAGCCAAAAGACUAGCUUAGGUUUUAGUGCAAUACCAAUAAGUUUCACAAGGGUUAACAAUAUCAUAUUCUGGUGAUGGUGCAAUUUGAAUUACAUAAAAUAAUUUUUUUUUGAUUUCCUGCAUUGGCACAGCCUUCGACUAUAUGCACAACAUCUUGUUGCUCUUCAUGUAGUAAUUGUAUUUAUAUUAAAUGUAACGUUCUGAACGCCAUAUUUAGCUUAGACUCUAUGCUUAAAAUUUAUAAUAAAUUAAAACAUAUACAAAACGGU